AUGUCAAAAAAAGACUUAUUAAGAUGUGAAAUCGAAAUUAACCCUAGUGAACUCGCAAUCACAAAAUUAUUGAACCCUAAACCAAAGUUUGAGUUCUUCUAAUCAUCAAUGUUAGAAAAAAUCCAGCAUUUUUUACCAGAAUUUAAAAAAGCAAAUGAACAGCUUGAAAAUACUGAUAAUUUAAAACAAUUCUAAAUUGACGAUUAAAAUGCAUUAAUUAGAAGAAACAUAAAAGAUCUAAUACCAGAUCCUAAAUUAAGAAAGUAUUGUAGAAGAACCGGAAGAUAAUAAAAAAUGAUCAAUCUGGAUUUGUAUAUGGGAGUUAUGGAUACUAACAAGGAUUUUAAGGAAUGA